CUUCCUUUUUAUAUGUGUGUGUAACCUACUAGUUAGGAGCGGAAGCAUUGCCCAGUUGCUCGUUUCCGUCUUCCCAGUGCCUGUCAGCCAUUACUGCUCUGCUCGCCGGGUCUUGCAGGGUGUAACUGGUACAACUGACAUACUUUCCGAAAAAUCGAAGAUCGUUCCUACGGAACUGGUAGUGUGUCAGCAGAUUCUUCCGAACUUUUGCCGAGAUGUAUAACAAUAGUUAUUCUAAUCAUACCAGUUACAGACCCAGGGGAAGUAGAGAUUCUACCAAUCGUAAUGGAGGGGGAACAUAUUGGAAUAGACAACAACAGACAAACAAAGAGAAGUCAAUUAAGAAGCAAGUCCAAAGAAGAACUCCUGGAGAUUCAUUGAAAAAACCAAGCUGGGAUCUCUCUAAGUUACCAGUGAUCACAAAAAAUUUAUAUAUUCCACAUAUCAAUAUUUUAAAACGAUCCAGUGAUGAAGUUAAUAAAUAUCACAUUGGUAAAGAAAUCACUGUGAAAGGAAACAAUACUCCUUCUCCAAUUCAAGCAUUUGAAGAAAGUAACUUCCCAGAUUAUGUAAUGGAAGAGAUAAGAAAGCAGGGUUUUGCUGAACCAACAGCAAUCCAAGCACAGGGUUGGCCAAUAGCACUCAGUGGUCGUGAUUUGGUUGGAAUUGCUCAAACAGGAUCUGGAAAAACUUUAGCUUAUAUAUUACCAGCAACUGUACACAUUAAUCAUCAACCACGUUUGAGCCGAGGAGAUGGUCCCAUCGUUUUGAUACUCGCUCCAACAAGAGAAUUAGCCCAACAAAUUCAAUCUGUUGCUAGAGAUUUUGGUUCUUCCUCCUGUAUUCGUAAUACUUGCAUUUUUGGUGGUUCCCCAAAAGGGCCUCAAGCUCGUGAUUUAGAACGCGGUGUUGAAAUAUGUAUUGCAACUCCUGGUAGAUUGAUCGAUUUUCUCGAGAAAGGAACUACGAAUUUACGCAGAUGUACAUACCUAGUCUUAGACGAGGCGGACAGAAUGUUAGAUAUGGGAUUCGAGCCGCAAAUCCGAAAAAUCAUAGAGCAAAUUAGACCUGAUAGGCAGGUAUUGAUGUGGUCUGCAACAUGGCCGAAAGAAGUACAAGCUUUGGCUGAAGAUUUUCUCUCAGAUUAUAUUCAAAUUAACAUCGGUUCUUUGACAUUGGCCGCUAAUCACAAUAUCCGUCAAAUCGUAGAGAUUUGUCAAGAGCAUGAAAAAGAAAUGAAACUUUCAAAUCUUUUAAGAGAGAUCGGUAAAGAUCGAGGAAGCAAGAUGAUAAUUUUCGUUGAAACGAAAAAGAAAGUGGACGAUAUUACCAAAGCUAUUAAACGAGAAGGUUGGCCUGCUAUCUCUAUUCACGGUGACAAAUCACAGCCUGAGAGAGAUUACGUGUUAUCUGAGUUUAGAAAUGGAAAAACAAUGAUUCUUGUUGCUACCGAUGUUGCUGCUCGUGGUUUGGACGUAGAAGAUGUGAAAUAUGUAAUUAACUUCGACUAUCCGAACAGUUCUGAGGAUUAUAUUCAUAGAAUAGGAAGAACUGGACGUUGCCAAAGCGCGGGUACUGCUUAUGCUUAUUUUACGCCUAAUAAUGCUAGACAAGCAAAAGAAUUAAUUUCUGUUUUGGAAGAAGCUGGUCAAGCAAUAAAUCCACAACUGGCCGAUUUAGCAAAUUCGAUAAAACCUGCAUACGGAAAGGGCCGCCAGCGUUGGAGUCAUUCUCGUUCUAAUAAAGAUAAUAGUUCCACUGGGAGUCCGAGAAAUAAUAGUAGCCCGAUUUCGAAUAAUUGGCAAAAUCAGCACGUUCAGAGUACUCAGCACAGUAAUGGUAGCAGUCAAGAAAGAACUGUUGUACGCCAGCAAAAUGGAUAUCAAGCCAGUCGACAGAAUAGUUUCCAGUCUAAUUAUCAGCCGCAACAACAUCAACAACAACCGCAACAGCAGCAACACCAACACCAACACCAACAACAUCAACAACAGCAGCAGCAGCAACAGCAACAACAUCAGCGGCAACCGAAUACUUAUACCAAUGGGUGUCAAACUACCAAUAGCUAUUCAGCUAGUUAUCAAAAUGCAAAUAUUCCUAGAUAUCAUGGAAGAACAGGAGGUUUCCAAGGAAAUCGUUAUCACAAUCGUCAGAGUGCUUAUAACACCAAUCAGACACCUGGAGGACAAAGCGUAUAUUCUAUGCCGCCUCCAUUCAUGAUGCCAUCUGCUGGCGGACACACAGCUGAUUCCUCCAUGCAAAGCCUCGUUAACAACAAGUUUUUCCAGACGAAUCGUCCACCACCAAAUACUGGCGCUUGCGCGUAUCAAUCGAUGGGAUAUAGUCAGUUCCAAGCUGUGCCACCAUAUAGUUAUCCUUAUCCGCCUACACCAGUGCAGCAGUGACGCUUUUCAAGGUAUAAAUCGGUAAGAGUGCAGGCUAAGUAAGAAAAUCAAUUUUUCCUCUUUAUAUCAGGCCCAUUAUAUAUUUACGGUUUGUGUAGACAAUUGGGUCUCUUUUGAAUAUAUAAGUAACAUAAUGUUUCCUCUUUUCAUUGUCAUUUAUUAUUUUUUCUGGAAUGAUGCCGAUUUCAACGCAUUCGACGAAGCAAAAUUAUUUGUGUUUAUUCGAAGAAAGCAAGAGAAAGCAGAGACAAAAAACAAUCAAUAAUUUAUCGGUUUUAUUGAAGUUAUAAAUAUUUAAAUUGGAAGAUUUUCAAACAUUCGAGAGAAAAAAAAAGAAUAAAAAAAUUAAUUAUUAAUAAUUAUUAAUAAUCCAAUAGGCACAUUCCAGUCAAGUUUUUUGAAGUAGUAGUAGUAAUUAUUUAGCAAUGAUAUAUUGAUAUAAUCAUUACUGGAUGUAGAAUAUGACCAACAAAUGUAGACUUGUAACUAAGUGGUCAUAUCCUAAAAAGUAAUUAAUCUUCUUGAGAUAAAACUAUGUAAACGUCAUUUAAUGCUUUCCCGAAAUGCACGAAACGUAUAGAAGGGGGGUGGGUUAACGUUUUCAUAUUUGAUAAUUUAUUUAUAUUUUGCAUAUAUAUAUAUACGUAUGUACAGGCAACGCUCUUCAAAAUGUAAGGCCUUUUGCAUAAAAAUUAAGCCGUACACCCGUUUUUACAAAGCGCACGACGAAUAUAUAAAAAAAAAAAAAAAAAAAAAAAAAUAUCGUGUCCUCUGUUUUGUAACGAGAGUGGGUGUUGUGUCUCUUUGAUAAUAGGGGAAAGGUAUAUCUCAUCAAAAUUAAAGAACUUUGAUGGAGGAUAAAUCCAGCAUAAUUAUAUAGCGUACAAAAGUGAGUACUUCGAUACUAUCCUGGGCCGGUAUCUUUGGAAUAAAUUCAAAGCGUAAAACCGGUUAAUGGGGAAGAGAAAGGAAAACUUAAAUUAAGCAUGUAGUCACAAUGGCUGUGUACCUCGGCGCAAAGUUUGAUACCUUAUUUUUAUAAUAUAUAUCGAAAGUAAUUUGUUGUUAAACCAACGAAUGAUUAUACGAAGAUAAAAAAAAGUAAGAGAAACAUUGUUGUUUGAUGUUUAUGCAAUUGGCCACUGAGUGGUCUUGUCCUUGCGCGACCGUGUACAAUGUAUAUAGGUGCACGCGCAGGCUGGCCGCAAAUCGAAUAAAAUUUAGUUGUACCUGUUUUUUAGUUCGCGCUCAUCGAAAUUCUUGCUAUUUUUUAGGGAACGAUUCAGACUAUCCGAAAGGCAUUUUUCUAUUGAAACGUUUAAGAAAAAAAAUAUUGCGCUGCCGUGAACGUAUUGAACGCGUGAUGAAAGAGUUUUUAACUUGUGGUAUUGAUCCAUGUGUUGUAUAUAUCGUUAUGGCCAUUCCGAAGUGGCUUCCAAGGAAAUUUCACGUGAUAAAUGAUACGAAAAAAUAAAUGAAUAAUGAAUUCAUGCCGCGAAUCAGGCACGAAAACCGUUUAUCGACAGCGCAUAGCGAUUUUUUGCGGGCCUCCAGAUUACACUGUACACGUCACUACUCGAAUAAACGAACAGCAAAGAAAAGAGCCAACAGAGAAGAAUGCAAGACUCGAAUAUACACUCGAGCAAGGACUCGUUUGCGAACGACAUUAUUGUGAUAAUUAUACGUAACGCUUUCGUGAAACGGUCUCACAGUUCGUUACUUAAUUACGCACAGUAGAAAAUGUUGUGAAGCAGUACGUGUGCACAAUAACAUUUCCGGUUGAUUCACGAAACCGCGUCACACGCAUUUCAAGCGGAUUUUGCUCGAUAAGAGAGGAAAAAAGCUCUAUCGAUUCGUUUCUAGGUUUCCACAUGGUAGUCUUUAUAUUCUUCUUUUGCUGAGCCGAUAGAUUGGAUAUUUCAAAAUAUAUGGUGGGGUCGCGAACAGAAGUUAGGCAUUCGCGGUAUAUUGUUGUCUUUGUCCUUUUCAACAUUGUGAAUGCUUAUACGCUCCUACUGCGUUGAUCUGACUGCAACGUGUUUGCGUUGUCAGAAUGAAUAGUGAUAUAAAUAAUAGGAAGCGUAUGCUACGAGUAUUGGACACUUCUGAAUACUCAUACAUUGCGUACGCCCUCUAUUAAAUCAUCUUAUUUGAUUUUUGAAACUUCGUUUAAUCUAUGUCUUUUCAUCGUUGUUGAUCAGUAAUUUUUCUUUAGUACACUAAUUAUCUAUUUUUUUUUUUUUCUUUCUGAAUUUUUCUUAGUAUGUAGUCUACUAUAUUUUGGCAAAUAGCAGACUAUUGUAGUGCAAUUCUACAUCUUUCAAUUCCAUCCAUUGCAAGUAAUGCAUCUUUUCAAGCAUUUAUCAAAUAAUUGAGGCUUAUAGAUACAUAUAUAUACAUAUAUAUAUAUAGAUAGAUACAUAUAUUGCUGUCAUGAAAAUUUGACAGAUAAAUUAAAGUUUCUCCUAAAUAUUUUAGAUAGCCUCAGAAUUAUAACCCUUUAAGCUGUACUGCAUUUGUUACCAUAUACUAAAGUGAAAUGAAAAUUAAUGACCGUCGAAUAUGCAUAUCUUUUCUAAAACCAAAUCUCUAUGGUCAUAGAAUUUUCUUAGAAACUUGUUAUAGUUGAAAAAGUUUAAAGGAGGUUUAAAAGUUUAAAAAGAAGAACGCAGAGCAAAUAUUGAACGUUGGACAGCAAAGGGUUAAUAUUUUACAUUUCAUUUAACAGAACGCAUAACAGACAUCAUGCUUUUAAGUUUUUCCUAAAUAAAAAUAAAUGUUCUAACGAAGUGCAACUUGCAUUUUGAAAAUUGAUAGUGGGUGUACGCGUAGUUCUGUGAUAUGUAAGAUGUAGCAUAUUUAUAGAUCUACCUAUCGUGCAUCAUGAUUAAAAUAAGGAACGUAUCUUAUCAGUUUUAUACGUGGUAUACAAAUCAUAUGAUCCUAAAUGACGUGUACUGCGAGAGCUGUCUACUUUAAGGAAAGAAAAACAAAAGUUGUUGCGAAAAAAAAGCGAAAGAUCAGUAUUCCUUUUUUUUUUUUUUUUUUUUGUUUGCGUUUGCCGUGCGAAUUCGUAUAUUGUCAGGGUAGAGAAUAGGGAGAAGAAAUUGGAAUAUGAAAACGUGUAUUACUUCAGAGCGUUCUUCUAUUCAUUCUGAAUAUCCAAGUUUUUUAUUUCAUUAUGUAUGUCUGAUAAAUUCAUCUUCUAAGCGUGUAUGAAGAUGUAGACGCAAAGGUUCUUCAUUUCUCUCUUUCUCAUAUAUUGUGAAACUAUUUAUCUCUUUUUUUUUUUUGUAUGUUUGUCUAUUUUAUUAAGAUAUAGUCUUCUAAAUACUUACGUGUUUGUUGCUAACAAAGGAAUCUUGAUGAAAUUUCAGUAUUUUUCAGCUAUGGGUUCUUUUUUGUUCUUUUUACUUCUCUUUUUUUUUUUUAUUUGUUAGUUAAUGAACAAUUAAUAAAUCUUAUGUUCAUUUGUAAUCGUACUACGUAUUAACGAGAACUGUUAAAAACAUGGAUGCGUACUUUUCGUGUAGUAGAAUAUGCGGUAUACUUCAUUUCUACGGUGCAAAAUCGUAAUCUCUGAAGUCUACUUUCUCCCUACUAGUCGAUAUUCAUUAUUUUUUUUUUUUCGUUCUUUUUUUUUUUUUUUGUAUUAUAUUCCGUUUUGUCGUGUUGUUAGGGAACAUCCAUUUCAGCUGUACACUUUUAACGUAACUCUUAACGAGAUCAGUCAUCUCUAGUUGAUAACGAAGAUAAAGAUUUCCCGGAGAGAAAAAACGAAAUCUUAUAUUCUCUUGUUGUUACAAAACGAAAAAGCGGAAACGAAAACUAGUGUUCAACACUACAAACUUUGCAAUAUCGAUGAACUCGAAUAUCUUGGUCGAUAAUAUUUCUAAGUAAACCGUACAUAUAUUUUUUUAUAUCAGUUUUCAACAGUGAUGGUAAACGUUGAACGAAUGAGGGACGAGGGAGGUAGUUUUUCAAGAUAUCUGUAUGACACACGCCUUCCGUCUGUUUAAUUGAAGAAAAGGUUCGAAAAAUAUAUUCUCGUGAAAUCUUUGCGCUUGCAAUUAUAAGCACACUCGUUCAGGUCGUGUUAGUUGAUCGAUCGAACUUGUAAUCUUAUAUUUAUAAUCUGUUGUUCGUUUCACUCGAAGAAAAAAAAAAAAGAAAAUAAAAGAAAAGAAAAGAAAAGGAAAGGAAAAGAUGAAAACGAUAAUCGGCACAGUUUUUUCGCGUUGUAAAGAUCGACGGAUAAAAUGACGUCGAGUUUUUUACGUGCUGAGAAAAUCGUUAAUGACACUAACAUAGUCUCGGGAACACGAGAGUACCUUUUUAACGAUUAUAAUGCUGAACGCUGUGAUAUCGCGUACAUAAACAUUUUUAUUAUUAUAAACAUAAAUGUGCAUAUUGUAAUGUUAAAAAAAAAAGAAAAAAAAAAAAGAAGAAGAAGAGUACAUAUUCUCCUUUAUAUGUGAAGACUGAAUCUCGCCAACUUAUACACAGGUUUAGCAGCCGCAGAUACGUUCGUAUACUGGAUAGACUACAGAUAGACUAUUUGUACAUUAUUAAUUGUAACAAUAUGUUUUUACGUCGGUAGUGCCGUAAUGUGGGGACGGUACUACUAUGUUAUAGUUCGAUAACGGGUGCGUGUUCGUAUUGUGCAUUUUUUCUUUUUAUUGAGAAUUAAUGUCUUCGGUGUGUCGUGAUGAGAAAAUUCGCCAGAUAUUUCGCGUUUACUUUCCGAUAGAAAGUUGGAAUAGUUGCACGAAUCUGGUUUUCUUGUUUAUUUCUUUCUUUUAUUCUUAUUUUUAUUUUUAUUUUAUUCUUUUUUUUUUUUUCUCUCUCUCUCCUACAAUUUCGUUUGAUUCUGAUCGAAAAAGAAAAAUUCGAUCAAAAAAAAAAAAAGGAAGGAAAGAUAUCAAGUUAAAAAUAUCGUUUGUAUUUUGAUUUUCGAAUGAUUGCUUGCCACGUUUCACUUGUUUUUGAUUUAUCAAUUAUAGAUCGUUCGUGAAAAUAAAGGGACAUUACAACAACAACAGUACAAUCCGUUUCAUGAUAGUUCCUAUAUUGCAUUCUUCUUUGUAACGUGAAUGAAUUGCAGCUUAAAUUUUUGCUAAGAUGAGUCAAAGAAUUUUUCACACUUUUUCUCUGCGUAUCGUUCUAUUUGGUUUGAAAAAAAAAGUAAAAAAAAAAUAACUUGCGAAUAUUUUAUUGGUGUAGUCACAUGUGUGCAUUGCCAAGUCUGUUAUUAUUAUUAUUAUAAUUAUUAUUAUUAUUAUUAUUAUUACUAUUAUUUUUGCGAUUGUGUCACAAUUGUUAACUUUACCACUAUCUUUCAUCAGUUUCUGGAGAAAUGUACUAAAGAUUGUUGAUCGUUCAUCAACGACGAUUGGAAGUCGUGGAUUAAUUCUCAUAUAUUGUAAAGUACAUUUUUCUUUCGUUAUGUAAGGUUUAAGAAAGAAAUGGAAAAGUGAAUACGACGUUAAGAUUAAUUUUAGGAAAACUAAAUUUGUUACUAUCUUCGUUAUUUAUCCGUAAUAUUAUGUCGUUUUUCUCUCUCUCUUUUUUUUUUUUUUUUAAAUAUUGUGAAAUAAGCGUAAAAAAAAUGAUUGUUUCCUAUGAAAAGUGAUAUUGUUCGUAAUAUGUAAACGGUAAUAUUUGUUUGUUCGUUUCUCUCUUUUUCUUUUUUUACUAAUAAUAAAUUUAGUUUUUUCCUAAUGUCAAAUGUAGACUUGUUAGUGUAUGCAUGAAUGUUGAACACUGUACAACUGCACGACAAAAUUUACUGUGCAAACUUUUACGAAACUGUGAAGUUAAUGCAGUUUACGAUUCAGAUAUUUAUCAUUUUUAAUAAUGCGUCUUUUAAUGAUGGUACAUAUUUAAGCCUGGGCUAAUUAAAAAAAAAAAAGAAAAAAAAAAGCAGUACCUUCAAUCGAUCUUAAUGUGUGCUGAGA